AUGCUGCAUCUUUCAAGAUCCCCUGUGAUUGGGCGAAUAGUUAGAUCAAAACUUAAACCUGGUUUGAUACGGAAAUGUUCACCGAUUAUAUUUACUGUGUCUAAAUUAUCAACCCAGCGGCCUCUGUUAUUCAAUUCAGUUACAAAUUUAUGGAAUCAGGCACAAAAGGAUACAUCUCAGAAAAAGUUGGUCGAGCAACCCUCCCCAGCUCCAAAAGUGAAGACUCAAGUAAAAAAGACCAGCAAGGCUCCAACCCUGUCGGAACUGAAAAUCUUGAAAGACCUAUUUCGCUAUAUUUGGCCUAAAGGCAACAAUAAGGUGAGGAUACGGGUAUUAAUUGCGCUUGGAUUGCUAAUAUCCGCGAAAAUUUUAAAUGUUCAAGUGCCUUUCUUUUUUAAGCAAACUAUUGAUUCAAUGAAUGUAGCAUGGGAUGAUCCUACAGUUGCCCUUCCGGCAGCAAUUGGAUUAACUAUUCUUUGCUAUGGUGUUGCAAGGUUUGGAUCUGUUUUAUUUGGUGAAUUGAGAAACGCCGUAUUUGCCAAAGUGGCACAAAAUGCCAUUAGAACUGUCUCGCUGCAAACCUUCCAGCACCUUAUGAAGUUAGAUUUGGGUUGGCACUUGAGUAGACAAACGGGUGGUCUAACGAGGGCUAUGGAUAGAGGUACAAAGGGUAUAUCUCAAGUAUUAACCGCCAUGGUAUUCCAUAUUAUCCCUAUAAGUUUUGAAAUAUCUGUAGUUUGUGGGAUUUUGACGUAUCAAUUCGGUGCGUCAUUUGCCGCCAUAACAUUUAGUACAAUGCUUUUAUACUCAAUUUUCACCAUAAAGACGACAGCAUGGAGGACUCAUUUUAGAAGGGACGCUAACAGGGCCGAUAAUAAAGCUGCCAGUGUGGCGUUAGAUUCUUUAAUUAAUUUCGAGGCGGUAAAAUACUUUAAUAAUGAAAAAUAUCUUUCAGAUAAAUACAAUAGUUCCUUAAUGAACUAUCGAGACUCUCAAAUUAAGGUAUCGCAAUCUUUAGCGUUUUUGAACUCCGGCCAAAACUUGAUUUUUACUACUGCCCUAACGGCAAUGAUGUAUAUGGGUUGUACUGGUGUUAUUGGUGGAAACUUGACAGUAGGUGACUUGGUUCUAAUUAACCAGUUGGUUUUUCAAUUAUCGGUACCACUAAAUUUCCUUGGUAGUGUUUACAGAGAUUUGAAGCAGUCUCUAAUUGACAUGGAAACGUUAUUUAAGUUGAGGAAAAAUGAAGUCAAAAUCAAGAAUACCGAACGUCCCUUGAUGCUACCAGAACAUGUUCCCUACGAUAUUACUUUUGAGAACGUUACGUUUGGAUAUCAUCCAGACAGGAAAAUCUUAAAGAAUGCUAGCUUUAAUAUCCCAGCAGGCUGGAAAACCGCAAUAGUCGGGUCUUCGGGCAGUGGUAAAUCCACCAUUUUAAAAUUAGUCUUCAGAUUCUAUGAUCCUGAAAGUGGAAGAAUCCUCAUAAACGGCCGCGAUAUCAAAGAAUAUGACAUCGAUGCUCUGAGGAAGGUGAUCGGUGUGGUACCACAAGACACACCACUUUUCAACGAUACCAUUUGGGAAAAUGUGAAGUUCGGUCGUAUUGACGCAACGGACGAAGAAGUGUUGACUGUUGUAGAGAAAGCACAAUUAGCACCUUUAAUCAAGAAACUACCACACGGAUUUGAUACCAUUGUAGGAGAGAGAGGAUUGAUGAUCAGCGGUGGUGAAAAGCAGAGGCUGGCAAUUGCCAGAGUACUAUUGAAGAAUGCAAGGAUCAUGUUUUUUGAUGAGGCCACAAGCGCCUUGGAUACGCAUACAGAACAAGCCCUCUUACGCACAAUCAGAAGUAAUUUCACUUCGGGUUCGAGAACAAGCGUAUACAUCGCGCAUAGACUGAGGACCAUUGCAGAUGCAGACAAGAUCAUUGUCCUUGACAACGGAAGAGUGAGAGAGGAAGGUAAGCAUCUUGAACUGUUGGCCAUGCCAGGGUCGUUUUAUCGCGAACUUUGGACCAUACAAGAAGAUCUGAAUCAUUUAGAGAAUGAACUAAAAGACGAGCAAGGAUUAUGA